AUGUCGAAUCAUCAUUUGACACAUGACAUUCAUAAUUUUGUCGAUGAUCUUGAAGAAAGAAUUUAUAACAAUUUGGAACAUCGGAAUCUGUAUAUGCUGGAUCUGAACUGUGAUUACGCUAUAAAAAUUUUACGACAGGCGCAUUCGAAGGGAAUGUUUAUCGCCCCGAUGAAGUGGCUGCUCCUUCAGGAUCGAAGAACGAUGAUCGAUAACGCCAAUAUAACUUCCACAUAUGAUAACUUAGAGGUCUUUGAAGAUUUAGCUGUCUAUCCUGACAGUGACGUGGUACUCGCUCGAAGAUUCGAUGGUGAUUUUCUUCAACUGACAUCUAUAUACCGACCGAGUUCACAACGAGCAGUAAUAUGGGAAAAUCGCGGAAACUGGACGAUCAACAACGGUUUACAAAUGAGUACUUUCGACGUGGCUUCGGCAAGGAGAAGGAAUCUUCAGCAGUCACAUCUUAAGUCCUGUCUCGUGAUGACAGAUCCUGACACGAUCAAUCAUUUGACUGAUUUUAAAUAUAGUGCAAUAGAUCCUAUGACAAAGGUUAAUUAUAUCUGGGUACUUCAUUUAGUAAACCGGAUGAACGCAACAAUAAGUUUCAACAUUUCCAACAACUGGGGACGCAGUAAUAAUGGAUCCUGGGACGGGAUGGUCGGGAUGCUGCAGCGACAUGAAAUCGACAUUGGCGGCACUUCUGUGUAUAUGCUAGCGAAUCGCAUUCAUGUAUUAGAAUACAUUCAAUUAUACACACGUACUGGUUUGAGUUUCGUGUUCCGACGACCGUUAUUGUCGACCAUAAAAAACAUCUUCACCUUACCCUUUCAAAAAAAUGUCUGGAUAGCAAUCGCCAUAUACCUUGUUCUCGUCUUUUGCUUGUUAUACAUGUCUAUGAAAUGGGAACACUAUCGAGGUACUUCGAAAAAAUCGGCAGCUUACUGGACUCGAUUAAAUAUUAGCGAAUCAACAAUUACUGAUAAUCUUCUCUUCCUUUUAGGUGCAUUUGCACAACAAGGAUAUUCAUAUGAGCCAUACAGAAUCCCAUCUCGAAUCAUCACUCUUAUGUUAUUACUAACCUCGCUGAGCCUUUAUGCAGCUUACACGGCGAAUAUAGUGGCUCUCUUGCAAUCUACCACGGACUCAAUCAAAACCCUUUCCGAUCUCUUGCAUAGUCCGUUAAAUUUAGGAGUACAAGAUAUAGUAUUUAAUCGACUUUAUUUCAAGGCUUUACAAGACCCCGUCAGAAAAGCGAUUGUGCAGCAGAAGGUUGAACCGAAAGGGCGCAAAUCGAACUGGAUGAGUCUCGAAGAAGGAGUACGCCGCAUAAGAAAUGAACCUUUUGCAUUUCAUGGUAUACGAAGUCCGAUGUAUACAAUUAUACAGCACACAUACCAGGAAGAAGAGAAAUGUGGCCUAACUGAGAUCGAUUAUUUGAAUGAGAUAUAUCCGGUUAUUGCAAUUGCGAAAAAAUCGCCUUAUUUGGAGAUAAUAAAAAAUGGAGCUUUGAAAUUGCGAGAAUAUGGGCUCAUGUAUCGCGACGAGUAUCGCAUAUACAUAAAAAAACCGACUUGCUCGAGUCAGACUGGCUUCAUCACCAUCGGUUUUACGGAAUGCUAUUUUGCGAUAAUCACAAUGGGCUACGGAGCGCUAUUUAGCGUAAUUAUAUUUGCUCUCGAACUGUUAUGGCACAAAAGACAAAGUAUGAAUAUGCUAGAAGACACAGUUUCAACUCUGGUAGAAAAAAGGAAAUCUGGAAUCAACGGCGCGCGCGAGUGCAAUAAAUUAGACUAUUGCGACGAAAAUGUCGUUCCGGAAAUGUCGUUGUUCAAGACAAAUGAAUGGUGGAGAACACAAUGCGGAGUGAAUGAAUCUUUCGAUAGACACAGUUUGCUGAUCACACCAUUGUUCGGCGUUGACCGAAAGGACAUCAUCGUCAUUGGCAGCCACAGCGGCCACCUCCGAAUAUAUAGCCCGUUUUCGCAAUGGAUAGAGGAGACCAAGUCACCGAGCGGUUACAAGUCCUCGGACUUGAUCGUCGAGACGCAAAUCAGCGACUGUAUCGUCGACAUGAAAGCGGGCAAAUUCGUCUCAGGCUCACCAGAUACUCGACUCGCGAUACUGACACCAAAAAAACUUGUCAUUUACAGCAUAAUUUUGAGUCAAGGCUCCGUUGAGCAUGGGGACCAUUGCGAUUUGGAAAUUGUUUACGAGCAUUUAUUACCGCGAUUUCCGGCGUCCCUGACGACGGGUCCGUUUGGCGGCGUGCGGGGUAGGGACUUCCUCUGCGUUCAGUGCCUGGAUGGCACGCUUCUCUUUUACGAGCAAGAGACUCCCACCUUCAGCCUGGUUCUCAGGAAUCGGUUGCUGCCAGAGCCGAUCGUCUACGUUUCGCGGAACGACAUCUUCGUAACGCCAAGCUCCUCGUGGAUCCUCGAAUGCUACAGGCAGGUUGUUCCACUGUGCCAUUCCAAGUAUAAGAGUAUGGCGGAAUUUGGCAGUAAGGAUCGCUCGGAAGAAUCAAAGAAUCUAGAACCGGACUGGAGUUACAAUAUCGGGGAAGCUGUUCUCGAUAUCGAUGCCGUUAUUUUGAGCAGCUUCGAGGUCGGGAUUCUCAUACUCGGCGAGAAAAGUCUAUAUUGUCUGAAAGACAAUUGCGUCACUCUGAAAUACUCAAAAAGGCUCGAGUACAAGGCACUCUGUUUUCAACCUUACGUAAUAGAACCGGAUGGCAAGCUGAUGGUGCUUGUAAUCGCUGACACGAACACCCUGAUGAUUUACGAGGGCACGACUCUUAGGUGGUCAGCUCAGUUACCUUUUACUCCAGUUGCUGUUACUCGAGCGCAUUUUCAGCACUUAGAUGGAGUGAUCGUCGUUCUCUCCGAAGAGGGCCAGCUGGAGGCUUGCUACUUGGGCUCGGAACCAUCGUUAUUUAUCGCGCCUCCUCUGCAUCGACGCGGUUACGAUUACGUGGCCGCCGAAGAUGAGCUCAUGGAGCUGCGCAAAUUAGCGAAGAAAAAUAAAGCUUCCGGCAAUCAACUCAAUGACGUCACCAUGGACGCUGAGCUGAUAAUAUCCGUGACCGUAUCUGCGGAUCUGGAACCCUGUCCACGCGGAAACCAGGAUGACAGUAAGGACGACUCGGAGGGUCGUAAUUUAAUGUGCAGGAUCACCAUAGAAUUGUCCACGUACAUGACGCUUCGCGAUGUUCAAGUAUGCGUGGACGUCUCGAAGCCGUUCGUCGCCGACAAGGAUCGCUACGUUAUUACCAACCUUUGUGACAGGCACAUUCUGCGUGUAAUGAUUUACCCAACGAUGGAUUUACCGGCGAUGUCAUCGGACGUGAGAAUCACGGCGAGCUACGAGACAGCGGAUCGUGGGAGCCUACGCGUACUUCAGAAGACGGUCCAGCUACCCCUGAAGAUGAUGCUGAGGGCCUGCCCACCCGAGAACACGUCCACCUUCACGGCGACCAUCAAGUGCAGCGAGCCCCUCGUGGCUUUUAGCCAGCUGUUUCCCGAGUUUACAGGAGAUGUACAGAGGCAAAAUUGGAACGCACUUGGUUUGCAGCACUUGCAAACUGGCAGUGUGGUGACAAUCGUUUCCGGCGCUACCAGCAAUCGAUAUCGAGUGCAAUCAAACGACGGACUUUCGAUGGCCUUGGUGGUACAGCAGCUGGUGAAUAGACUCAAAGACAAGGCCACCGGAAAUUUUACGACCGCCAUCGCGCAAAAUCACAUACAACUGGUACAGUCUCAGAUGGAGGCGCACUAUCAUAGUCGCCAGAAAGUGGACAAAAUCGCGAGUGAGAUCGGGCUACUGUCGACCCAGUUGAGAAACAUCGAGAGGAGGAUGCUACGUGCCGUGAGGGAGCGAAAUACCCGGUCUCUGACCACGACCGGACUGCCGUUCCUCUUGGAGUCGACCUAUCGCGCGAUCUUCGCGCUUCUGGACGAUCUCGCGAUCGCACGAGCGGAACGGGAACGCGCCGGCCACGGUCUGCGGUGCAUCGUGAGGUUACUGCUCCUGCUGUUGCGACUCAAUGUAAACGACGAUAAGUACGCGAUGCUCGAAGCCGCGAUCGGAUUUGAUCCGCAGCUGUGCGACGAGCUCGACUGGGAAGAAAUCGCUGACGUCAGCCUGAGCGCUUUUCUACGAUCCACUUCGAGAAAAUCGAUGAGUCAUCUGGACACCAAGUCCGCGACGUUAACCAAAAUGACGUCCGCCAAAGAAUUCGCCAAGUUGAAGAAACGUUUGGUACACGCGAUUGAACGUCUUGAUAGCUGCCGAGAAGCUGACAUAGUCGAGAACGAACAGUUGGAAGCUGCAGGCAAUCACGCUUCUUCUUAA